UUUCAAUUCCUAUCAUCACUGCAAAACAGAAAUUAGAGAAUUGGAAGUGAUGAGCCGAGCAACUUUACCUGUGAAGCGCCUAUGCAUACUGCUGCUGGCCUUGCUCGCCUCACUGGCAACAACCGUGCACGCCGCACCGAGUGGUUUACGAUCGCGAUUGGCCAACCCGGGACGGCCCCUGGAUCUGGUGCUGAACCGCGACGCCAAGCGCAAAACCGCAUCGGUGGUCACAGUCAACGGUCUGGAGCGGACAUUUGGUGCCGACGCAAUUUCCAUUUCGUCACGGUUCCCCGAGAACUCGUUCUUCGCAGUGCGCAACCUCCUGGGCCUUCCGUACGAUUCCGAGGAUGCUGCCGAGUACCGCAAGCAGUUUUCCAACAAGAUGGUAAAAGAACCCGAGCAGGGCACGGUAGCGUUCCAGUAUGGCGCUCUGGCGAACGAGACCCUGACGGUCCAGGACAUCGUGGCCAUGCAGCUGCAGCACGCUAAGCAGCUGGUCAAGGAGAGCGAGGGCAUUGAGGUCAAGGAUGUUGUGCUCACUAUCCCGUCGUUCUUCACGCAAUCACAGCGCCUGGCGAUGCUGGAUGCUGCAAAUAUCGCCGGCUUCCGCGUUCUAGCCAUGGUCAACGACGGCAGCGCUGUGGCACUCAACUACGGCAUGAACCGCGAGUUCCAGAAGGCCGAGAAGCAUGUGUUCUACGACAUGGGGGCUGGCAAGACUGUGGCAACCGUCGCUGGCUUCCACGUGCGUGCCUCGUCAAAGCUCACCAAGGCGUCGAAGAAGUCAACCAUCGUCAAUGUCAGCGCCCACGCCUCGGACACCAGCCUCGGCGGCCAGCAACUUGACUUUAUUCUGCGCGACCUGCUUGCCCAAAAUGCCCGCGCCAUGAACCGCCUGCUGAAGGAGGCAAAGCGCGUCAAGGCUAUCCUCAGCGCUAACGUCGAGACCGAUGCCUCCAUCGAGGGCAGCGCCUCCAAGCACCUGGUCUCGCGCAUCCGUGGCCCGAUUGAUGAGGCCCUCAAGGCUGCCAACACGACGCUGGACCAGAUCGACUCGAUCGUGCUUGUCGGCGGCGGCACCCGUGUGCCCUUCGUGCAGCAGGCCCUGGCCGAUGCCUUUGGCGCCGACAAGCUGUCCAAGAACGUCAAUGCUGAAGAGGCCAGCGUCAUGGGUGCUGUGUUCAAGGCUGCCACACUCAGCAGCCAGUUCCGCGUGCGCGAUGUGCGUCUGCGCGAUGCCAUGCCAUUCGCUGUGCGCUCGACACAUGCGACCGAGCAAAAGACGAUGCUAGGCAGUACCAAGUAUGACACCGCAUACCUGUAUCCGGACUACGCUGCCAUCGGGGCUCGCCGCCUGAUUCCGCGAGUCGCGUGUCGGGGGCGGCCUGACGACUCGUGGUCAAAGCUCGCCACAGCUACUGUCUCGGGCGUCGCCGGUGCUAAGGGUAAGCUCAAGGGAAAGAGCCCUGUGAACGAGGUCCCCGAGGUCAAAAUCACAGUGCAGGCCAACGAGUUUGGCGUGUUCGAGGUCUCCAAGGCCGAGGCUCUGUUCAAUGUCACCAACCCGAAGCAUGCCGAGUAUGUCGCUGACCUGGAGCUUUGGACCCAGGAGUCUGCAUCCAUUGAGGCUGAGGCUUCGUCGGCGUCGGAGGCCGAGAAGACCGCUACUGAGGACUGGGCUCGAACCAAGACCAAGCUGCGCGCCAAGCCCACUGCCCAGCCAGAACACAUUCUUGAAGUGGUGCCUCUGGAGCUUUCUGUCGACUACCACGGCAUCCGGAAACUCUCCAACUCGUCUCUCAAGUCCUCGCGCGCGUUGCUCAGGCGCAUGGAUGAUAGCGACUCUGCCCGCAUUGCCCACCACAGAGCCACCAACGAGCUUGAAUCCCUUAUCUACCAUCUGCGUGACACCAUCGAAGAAGACGAUGUCGCCAGCGUCACCACCGAGGCCCAGCGUGAGGCGCUGCUGACUGCCGUACAGGAUGCGUCCGAGUGGCUCGAGGACUACGCCGAGAAGGCAUCUGCCGAGAACCUGACCACUGUCUACCGCAACGAGUACACGGCGCAGGAACUCGAGCCUGUGGCUGAUCUGCUGGAGGACCUGGAGGACACUUUGGAUUCCACUGCCUCGUGGCUCGAUCAGAUGGUGGCCAAGCAGGAGGCCCUCCAUGCUCACGAAGAUCCGGUGCUGACCACCGAUGCCAUGGAUGCCAAGGCGCUGGCCAUUGAGCGCAGCUUGGCCCGACUGAUCGCCAAGAAGGUCAAGAAGAUCAAGGUCGAGACGACUGUCGACGAGGAUGGAGAGGAGGCAAAGGCUAAUGCCGAGGAGCAGACAGAGCCUGCCGCACAAGAUGCAGGCGCUGCUGAGGAGCCUGUCCAGGCCGAUGACAACGAUCAGCAGAACCAGCACGACGAACUCUAAAGUGCCCUCUCCCCUCUUUUAUCCGAUACACCUGUUCGUACCCAUUUAUAAAAUCUCAUUUGAAAC